AUAAAAGUUACAUGUUUCGACAGAUAAUCCAAUAUUGCAUAAAAGUGUUAAAAAAUCAUUGAUAGAAAUAGUGAAGUGAUUUAUAUUGGGAAGCGUGAAGUGUGAAAAAUAAUUAAUAUUUCAUUACAAAAAAAUACAAAUACAAAUAUAAAUAUAAAUAUAAAUUAAAUAAUAUACAUAAAUGCGUCUGUUAUCAGUUCUGUAAGCUGGAAAAAAUAAAGUAUAAAAUCUAAUACUACCAACAUAGCAGCUUACUUACAAGAUUCAUAAGCUGAUAAACUGCUAUUCUGGCUGAAAAGGUGCAGUAAAGCAAACAAUUUUGAUUGUAAGAACGUGUUUUUUUAAACUGAUUUGGUUAAGCACAAAUUGUUAAAUACAAUUUAAAAAAGGAGAGUAGUGGGAAAACUAAGGAAUAAAAGAUUAUUUUUAGCGUCUAGUAAAUUUUGCUGUUGAUGCUGAUCUAUAAUCUUUGGUUGAUUCUUAGUGUUGAAGUACCGAAAGCAAACAGCAGGGCUUAACAUACCAACAUACCAGCGUAGAGAAUGCUGCUAUUAAGAUUACGAUUUGAUUAAAAUUUAUUUUGCCAUGUGCUUAGUCAGCAUGACGUAACCAAUAAUACACUACACUUGACCAUAAUUUUGGAUAAUAUCCAAAAUAAGCGAAAACGAAACAACGUAAGAACAGUAGCAUCACUAGCAGCAGCCGGAGGGAGAGGCACUCAAAUCUAUAUUGCUCCAAUGGAACUGUGAUAGAAAUUAUAUAUUUAAAUUAGUGAAAUUAUUUUGCAACGUAUUAAAUAAAAAUGUUAGCAGAUAAGAUGCAACAAAUUCUUUUAAUUGCUUGCAUAUCCAUUGCAUUUAUGCUCAAUUUAUUGCUGAGCACAGCAGCGGCCAAAGAUAAUCUACCAACAAUUAUAAGUAGCACACACGAUGUUUUGCCACAUCAUAGUCGCCAUCAGCAUCAGCAUCAGCAUCACCAUGAACGUCAACUGCGACAUAGCAAAGAGAAACGUGCUGAGCGACGUGCAAAUGCACAAUCGCAGCGCAUACAAAUCAGCGACUUAUCGCAGCCACCAGUGUCAAUAAGUGAUGUCCAACAUCAAAAUAAAACAAAAAAACAUCAAGAACAGCAAAAGCAGCAAAAACAACAACAACAAAACAAACAACCGAAGCGCCAACGUCAACAGCACCAUAUACCACUACCGCAAGAUACACCACAGCAACAUCAUCAGCACCAUCCACAGAACCAUCAGUCACAACAUCAAAAUCAGCAUCAACAUCAACGUACUUUUGCAGCAUCCGCUAGAACAUCACAAGGCGCUAGCAACACAGCCUCCAAUUAUAGACGAUAUUCACGUGAUUCCAACAUGGCACGUGAACGUAAACCAAAUAUCAUUUUGAUUCUUACUGAUGACCAAGACGUGGAAUUGGGCUCAUUAAAUUUUAUGCCACGCACGUUGCGUAUAUUGCGCGAUGGUGGCGCCGAAUUUCGUCAUGCCUAUACUACCACACCAAUGUGUUGUCCGGCACGUUCGUCACUGCUCACCGGCAUGUAUGUACACAAUCAUAUGGUCUUUACGAACAAUGACAAUUGUUCCAGUCCACAAUGGCAGGCUACGCACGAAACUCGCUCCUUUGCAACAUACCUCUCGAAUGCUGGAUACCGUACCGGUUAUUUCGGAAAGUACCUAAAUAAAUAUAAUGGCUCGUAUAUACCGCCCGGCUGGCGUGAAUGGGGUGGUCUAAUUAUGAACUCCAAAUACUACAAUUAUAGUGUGAAUAUGAAUGGUCAGAAAAUUAAACAUGGUUUCGACUAUGCCAAGGAUUAUUAUCCUGAUCUAAUAGCCAAUGAUUCUAUUGCAUUUUUGCGUACAUCAAAAACCCUAAACCAAAGAAAACCUGUGAUGUUAACAAUGAGUUUUCCUGCACCGCAUGGACCAGAAGACUCAGCACCACAAUAUAGUCACUUAUUUUUCAAUGUUACCACGCAUCAUACUCCCUCAUAUGAUCAUGCACCGAAUCCAGACAAGCAAUGGAUUUUACGCGUAACACAGCCUAUGGAACCGGUACAUAAACGUUUCACCAACAUACUUAUGACAAAACGUUUGCAAACUCUGCAAAGUGUAGAUGUUGCAGUAGAACGUGUUUAUAAUGAAUUAAAAUCUUUAGGAGAAUUGGAUAAUACUUAUAUCAUAUAUACGUCUGACCACGGUUAUCAUUUGGGUCAGUUCGGCCUUAUAAAAGGUAAAAGCUUUCCUUUUGAAUUUGAUGUACGAGUUCCGUUCUUAAUUCGUGGACCUGGAAUACAACCAUCUAGAGUAGUCGAUGAAAUAGUAUUAAAUGUAGACUUGGCCCCCACAUUCUUAGAUAUGGGUGGAUUAACAGCACCCGGCCAUAUGGAUGGACGUAGCAUACUGCCAUUACUUUUAAAUACACAACCUGGUAUCAGCGAACAAUGGCCAGAUACAUUUUUAAUUGAAAGCUCUGGUCGUAGGGAAACACCUGAACAAAUUGCAGAGUCACGUGCACGAUUACAAGCUGAACGCAUAAGUUCGAAGUUAGCGAAUAGCACCUUACUUGAAGAUUUAGCACAAAAUAUUAGUAAUAUAAGUAGUACUACAAUGAAUCCUAAAAUUGAUGUGGUAAGCUUAGAGUCACACGAGGAAGAUGAAUUUGUGGAAAAGGAUACAGAUUCAAAAAUAGAUGAUGGAAAUGAAACAGAUGAUGAUUUUGAUGAUGACUUAGAUGAUGAUGAUGAAGACUUAGACAGUUCGUUAGAUAAUUUAGAGGAAGAACAAGAUGAAGAAAUUAUUGAUGAUGAAACUGAUCAAGAGCAGCAAGAUCAAUUCGAUAAUAAUUUGCCUAUGGCACCAUAUAUGACAAAAAUGAUGCGUCUUAAUUCUGAAUGCUCGAAUCCAGCUCUACUGGAAAACUGUCGACCCGAUCAGAAAUGGAAAUGUGUUAAUGAAGGUGGACGUUGGCGAAAACAUAAAUGCAAAUUUCAUUUACAGUUACAGCAUCACUUAGCGGAAUUAACCAAAUUAUCCAAACCACAAAGGCGUAAUUGUGCUUGCUUCACACCAGAUGGUGUUGUCUACACCAAGAUGAAAACCAAUCGCAAUAUUGUAGAUGGGCAGCGUAUUAGGAAGAGAACUCAUAACUUUUCCAAAUUUACUCGUCGACAUAAACGUGAAACAGAGACACAAAUUUUGGCAGAAGUAUAUCAUACAGAAUUGCCUUAUGAAAUGGAAGAAUUACUAGAUAUACAUAACACCAUUUCUCUGCUGGGAAACCACAUGGAGAAUGAAGCUACUGAAGCUCAGAACCAAGUGCGUCGCAAACGGGAUCUUAGCUCUAAUUUAUUCGAAAUUCCCACUGCACUUGAUACUGGUGGCAAGGGUGUAAACAAUAAGAAUUCAACCAAGAAUGAAGCUAUUUCUAAAAUUAUACAAGAAAUUCAACAUACUUUAGAGUCGCUGGAAUCAAAAUUUAUUGAGCACGAUAUGCAUACUAAAAAUGUGACUACAGUACUAUCUGCAUCUGGGUUUGUCCGUGGCAGCAAAUUUCCAAAAGUUGGUGGACGCGUUGGAACGCGUUGCUUUAUUGAAUCACAAACUGGAAAAGUAAACUGUUCCGAUGUUAUAUAUGACGACGAGAAGACUUGGCGAAAGUCACGCAAUCAAAUUGAUAUGCUAAUCAAAAUGCUUAAAGAGCAAAUAACACACUUAAAGGACAUCAAAAAACAAAUGCGAGAGACCAAACAGCAGCAAUUGCAGCUUGGACGCUUUUGGAAUAAUGAGUUUGCAAAGGCUGAUAAUAAUGCAGCCAGUGCCAAUGCAAAAGAAAAUAUGAAUGUGCACGAGCAUUUUGAUGUUACCGAAGAAGAUUAUUUAGCACGCCAGCACAAGGGGAACCGCAGGCGAGGCGGCAAUGUCAAUAGUAUGCAUACUACUGGUCUCACUGGGAAUGCCAACUCACAUAACUUUAAUAUGCAGCAGCAGCAUUUUAAUAAUAAUCGCAAACAUCAUCGUACACACACUAAUGGACGACGACGUUUUGAUGCUGAUGAGGAACGCGAAUUCGAUAUGAAUUACUUUGCUCAAGGACAACUCCUUACUCAAGUACAAACGGACCAUAAUAAAAUAGCCAAUGAAAAUGUUAGUGAAAUCGGAAAUGAAAAUGUAAACGUUACAGGAAACGGAAGAGGAAAUUUAGAAAAUGCUGCUCAUGGUAGAGGAAAAAAUCAUAAUUUGGGUCGAAAUGGACAAGAGCGUGAACGAAUGCAAGUGCCAAAAACUGCUUUGCCAACAAUAACAACAACAGUAAGAACAACAACAACUUUUGCGGUUAAUACUACAACAACAAUGGCAGCUACAGAAAGCAACAGUUAUGUUAAUGUCGACAGCAACAAUAAUAGCACUCUUAUAGCUAAAAAUAAAAACCUGGAUGAGAUACAUAACAUUACGCUGGACAAAACAACCAUGGAAACAAUUGAAUUUACAACGACAGUAGCAAUUGCUGCCAAUAAUGACAGUUUAACAACAACAACUGAACAUAUUUCCACACCUAUUCGCCAUUCUACAACAACAAAGCGCACAAGAAUUGAAACUACAACAAGCAAUAUUAAAGAUAUUAAUAAAGAAAAUUUCAAUGGUAUUGGUUUGGCACCACCCAGUGAUCCGUUCCAACAACAAAAACCUCAAUAUUCCGGAACUGCGGAAUGUUAUUGUGAACCAGAAAUAGAAAGUUACGCUGAUUCCAAGGAAAUUGCAAGAGAAGCUCGACGUAAGCUUAAGGAAGAACGACAACGUAAGAAAGAACGUAAACGGAUUAAGAAGGCCCGUUUAGAAAAGGAAUGUCUAUCGGAGAAAAUGAAUUGUUUCUCUCAUGAUAAUACACAUUGGCGAACAGCACCUCUCUGGAACGAUAGUCCAUUCUGUUUUUGUAUGAAUGCUAAUAAUAAUACAUAUUCAUGCUUGCGUACAAUUAAUGCGACGCAUAAUUAUUUAUAUUGUGAAUUCACAACGGGUCUCAUUACAUUUUAUGAUCUAAAAAUUGAUCCAUUUGAAACUAUUAAUAGUGCAUCCUCACUAACCAUGGAAGAGAAAGCUUUUAUGCAUGAUGAAUUGGAAAAAUUAAGAACUUGCCGUGGAAAAUCUUGUACACUUAAACGCCAAAAUAAUCUUAGCCUUGCCACUAAUGUUACAAAUGUAUUACACCGUAAUUCUAAACGGAGAUAUAGUAGUGCAAUUUCACCUAGCUUUGUAUCAAGUCAAAUGGAUUAUGAUGGUGCGCAUUCGAAAAGAAGGAAACUAUCGAAAUGGUCAAGCAAUACAAAUCUAAAACGUAAACCCUGGAAACAAAAAUAUAAUCAUCAACAACACUACCGUUAUCAGCAAUUCAGACAUCACAAUCAAAAUAAUGAUGACGUUUAUAAUAAUCAUUUUGAUAAUAAAAUAGUAACAUUACGUCGUAAUCGAUUUCACGAACAAAUAAACAAUGAACAACAACCACAAACCUUUCAACAAAUCUUCCCUGUCAACACUUCUAUAAAUUCCACAACAUCUCAAUCUCAACGUACUCAAAAUAUCGGAAACAGAAAACGUUCAAAUCUACAACAGCAGCAUAAACAACGGAAUGAAGACAUGAGUCAAACAACUAUAUCCAGUACAGCUGGAGUUAUGACUACAGCUAAAACUAAUAGUUAAAUAUUAGCAUUUUAAAUUAUUUUAUGAAAUAUCUUAGAAACUUAACAUUUACUCUGUAGAAUGCACAUAUCUUUAGCAUAUCUUAACGAAAACUUAUGUUCUCUUGCUCAUUUAUGUAUAAUUGAGAAAUUGUCUUCAUAACUAAAAUUGAAAGUUGUAAAGAAUAGUUCACUCUUAUCCCAGUGUUGUAUGUUUACAUCUGUGUAACUGUGGUCUUGCUAUUUUCAUCUAAAAAAAAAUCUUCGAAGUAUAUACUUAUAAUUAUAAGUAUGCUAAUUCUAAGGUACUUUUGUACAAACAAUUCUG